GUUUGUUGCCGGAAGCGAAGGCACCGGCGGGGAAAUGGCGCCGAGCUCGAAAUCAGACCGGAGCAGCGGCAACCGGAAAUGGGGCCCGAGGGACCAUAUUAUCCGGCAGCUGGACCGAGUCAAGAUCACAGGACAGCUGUCCCCCCGGUUGUUCCGGAAACUGCCCCCUCGCCUCUGUGUGUCUCUGCGCAACAUUGUGGAUGAGGAGUUUCUGCGGAAGGGUCACAUCUUCCUGGGGUUCUCCAAAUGCGGCCGCUUUGUGUUGUCCUACACCAGCGAUGUCCUAGAUGAUGAUUUCUCCUUUUACUCUUAUCACCUCUAUUGGUGGCAGUUCCAAGUACACAGCAAACUGCGUCUGGUGCGGCAGGUCCGGCUCUUCCAGGACGAGGAGAUUUAUAGUGACUUGUAUCUGACCGUAUGCGAGUGGCCGAGCGACAGCUCCAAAGUCAUCGUGUUUGGCUUCAACACAUCUGGUAACGGUAUGUUAAUGAACAUGAUGAGCGAUGAGAACCAUAGAGAUAUUUAUAUCAGCACGGUGUCUACACCCCCGACAUCCCCCUGCGCUGACUGCAGAGAGUCCCCCAAAGGCGCUUGUCUGCUGCACAGCUUCAUGCUACAUACCAAGUAUCAGGUGGUUUACCCUUUUCCCACGUUCCAGCCGGCAUUUCAGCUCAAGAAGGACCAUGUGGUUCUGCUUAAUACCAGUUUCUCGCUGGUGGCCUGUGCAAUAUCUGUGGACCCCUCAGGUGACAGAGAACCCAGCCGAAUUUUGUACAGCAAACAGAGCCAACACAGUGCCCGCUUCACCUGCCCCUCUUCAUUCAGCCCUAGCGUCCCUUCCUCGAGUUGCCACUCUCCUCUUCCUUCUGAACCCUGCUCCCCCACUCCUCCUGGUACUCCUCCAGCCGUCACGCGCGCCCGUGAAUUUGUGGCUGGUAUAUUCCGACGAGCCCGAGAGGCAUCCGGACUGGAGGCUGAAGACAAAGGGGAACGACCCGGACCAAGCAAACAAAGUCCAUCACAGCCCACUGACCCAGAUUCUCCUACUUGGCAUCGUCAUAUCAACGAAGGGCCUGCGAGGUGCAGCAGUGUUACGGAGGAACCCAGCUACGUGAACUACACACAACUACGAUAUGUCCUGGGGGAGGUGACCGAGACUGACCAAGAGAGCGAAUAUGAAGAUGACAAGAUCUCGCUGCCGUUCCUGGUUACUGAUCUGAAGGGACAACAUCUGAAACCGCUGAAUGACAAGGCUUCUUUCCAGGGCCAACAUCUCAUCGUAGAGCAGCUCACCCUGGACUUUGAGUACGUCAUCAAUGAAGUCAUUCGACACGAUGCGUCUUGGUAUCGGCAGUUCUGCUCCUUUAGUGACUAUGAUAUCGUUAUCCUAGAGAUGUGUCCGGAGAUUAACCAGGUGAUAAUGAACAUCGGCCUCCUGCUCCUUGCGUUUCCCGCUCCCCAAGAGGACGCUCAGCUCAGGCCUAAGACUUAUCACACAAGCUUAAAAGUGGCCUGGGACCUGCACACUGGAGUCUUCAGGACCCUGAGCGUGGGUGACCUGACCGAGGUAAAAGGUCAGACCAGCGGCAGUGUGUGGAGCUCAUACCGGAAGAGCUGCGUGGACACAGUCAUGAAGUGGUUGGUUCCAGAAAACAGCGUCCGAUACGUGAAUCGCAUGACAAACGAGGCGCUGCAUAAAGGUUGCUCCCUCAAGGUUUUGGCGGACAGCGUGCGAUACACGUGGAUAGUUCUGUGAUCCCGCUCAUCUGGAGAUAUGAACUCUACCUCAGCACAGCGUCUCAGUGCACCUGGAAGUAGAGACGCUGCAGCGGGACCUUUUGUAUUAGUCCUCCUUGUAUGCUGCCAUCUAGUGACUGCUCCUGGAAGACCACAGCAGUGCGUCCGGGUCUGAGCUGCUUUUUGGGGGUAGUGUAAAGAAAACCACAGUCCUGGAUAAAAUAGGUGGGCAGCUGAUAAGGCGCCCAGUGGCAUUCCCUGCUCUUGUCACAGUGGACAUUUUAAUCACUUUUCUCCUGCAUUGUCUGUCCAGAAAGGAGCAGAGGUGCUUUUAAUGGCAUGUGUAUGUAUAUGUGUAUAUAUUAUGUACCCUUUUUUUGUUAUGUCUCCUUUUGUGAAAUAAAUCUC